AGGACAGCAGGAUGAGGGAAAUGGUCCUUUGGGCGUCUCCGUUGCAUAGAAACCAGAGCUAGCCGCUUUAAACAACAUGCAUGAUCUGCAGGCUUAUAACAUCUAGUUAAGUGGCCAGAAGACUGGAACGAGCUAUUAAAACUUUCCAUCGUGAUUGUCAGAGUUAAAAUAUACCAGUCGGGUUCUGGGGUUUGGUUAAGAGCUGCCUUUUUGUGAUGUUUUCAGCGUUAGCUCCGUUAACGGCGCAAGCUAACUAUUAGCCAGCUGUCGUCGCCCUCGUUUGCUGACAGUGUAACGUUACCGGCACAGGUAACUUACACUGCUCAUAAGUAAGCUCAUAAGCUAAUAACCACCUCUGCAAUAAUGUCAGCUUCAGCUCAUUUCAGUGUUGCUGACGUGGGAAGUGGCAAACAGGUGAAAUGAGAAACCUCAAGCCAAACCAGCCCGUGUUAACCUUAGCUAAAGAAAACAGUUAGCUAACGUGAAUAGCAGUCGAAUGCCAGCCAGGCAUUUAGCAGCUAGCGUGAGCCACUUCAAAACUUCAGCAAGAGACAAGUCGGGUGUCCUCCUCGUCAAAGUGGAAGAGAAAAAAUGGCUGGCGACGCAGGCAGCAUCCCCGACCUGGACCAGGAGAAAUACGACGCAGACGAACAAGUGAAGAUCAUCUGUUUGGGCGACAGCGCAGUUGGCAAAUCCAAGCUGAUGGAGAGGUUUCUCAUGGAUGAAUACCGUCCCCAGCAGUUGUCAACUUACGCUCUGACUCUCUACAAACACACAGCCACCGUAGGAAACAAAACCGUAGUGGUUGAUUUCUGGGACACAGCUGGCCAGGAGAGGUUCCAGAGCAUGCACCCCUCAUACUACCACAAAGCACAUGGGUGUAUUAUGGUAUUUGAUGUCCAGAGGAAAAUCACAUAUAAGAACCUGGCCAACUGGUACAAGGAGCUGAGAGAGUACAGACCAGAGAUACCAUGUUGUGUGGUGGCCAACAAAAUUGAUGCUGACUUGAAAGUGACACAGAAGAGCUUCAAUUUUGGCAAGAAGCAGGGGCUUCCAUUCUACUUUGUGUCAGCUGCUGAUGGGACUAAUGUAGUUAAGAUGUUCAGAGACAUGAUCAAGAGAGCGGUGGACUACAAGCAAAACCCCAGCGACUUCAUGGAUGAAGUGAUGCAAGAAUUAGAGAACUUUGAGCUGGAGAAGAAGGAAGAUAGUUCAGAAGCAGCCAAGGACGGACUGACAGAGAGCCCGGAGUUGGUCUGACCGAAUGUACCAAGUUGUCUAGACCAUCUGCUCAUGUCAUGGACACAUUACUCUCCUCUGGGCUGGUGCCGAGGAUAUCCCAGGCUCUCAGCCAGCCUGAUGCUGUGCACAUGAUCAUGGACUCUGAUACGGAACAUCUCUGGUUCUCUGUGAUUGACACUGAUGACAAGAGCAUUGUUCUUUCUAAAUUGUAUGUGAUUUUCGCUCCAUUAUCUCACUCUAUACCACUGGUUUAUCAUUCUACCUGUUCCACUUUAACUCCGCCAUUGGAGAAUGAACGAUAAAGUCUUGUAUUCAGGUUAUCAUUCACUGCCGUCCACUCCCUGUCCAGUGAAGCUUGCAGGGGGAAAAUGAACCCGGUUGAAUGAGGGUCUGUGUCGGAAAUCUUGAAUUUUAUGUGGUUCGUUUACCUGCUCUGUUGUAUUGAGUUAUUCAGGUUGUCUUUUGCAUACAAAUGUGUCAUUUGUUGUGUAGUGAUUGUCAUCUACUAUAACAGUAGUGGAAAAUAAUACAGCAAGAAGGUGGAAUGUGUAAGUGUGCAAAAGUUGUUUUUAUGUACAUGAAUGUGAAGUGCUGACAAUGUUCACUCACAAUUACACUCUGCAGCAAAGAGAACCUGUGAUUGUGAACUCUCUCUACUGUUGCUUUGUGUGUAGUAAUGUGUGCAAUGCCAGUGGGGACCUACAUCUGUUGCUACAUUAAUAUCAUAGUGUAAAGCCUCCGUUUAAUGUCCUAUACAUUCUGAAUGUUCCAUGUUUUUCUGUCACCUAUAGCAUAAUACAAGAGGCUGUUUGUUUUUUUCAUCUCGCUGCCCGCAGCUUCUUGAAUUCCCCAGUCCACCAAGAUAAGGUUACAUCACUGUCAUUCACGAUUCAUUUCAAGUUACCGAUCCAUUCAUUUUAGCGAGGACAUUGCCAUUAAGAAUUUCCAGUACCUCAUUUAGUGAAUGGGUGUGUUGUACCAGUUCUGGCACAGGCAGCAGGCUACAUGCAAACCACAUGAGUGUAGGACAGGAGAGGAUUCAACAGCUGUUGGAAAUAUUUCUUGUGUACUUGUUUGUGAUAAUGUGCUGCACACAGGAGGCAUGUCUGAUUUUUAUCCCAUUUAUAUAUGAUUAUCUAUGUGCUUUUAUGAUGUUAACUGAAUAAACUGCACUGGAACAUAA